ACCGUUCAAAACCAUAAUAGUGGAUAUCGCACACCGGCACGCGCGCACGGCUUUCGCUCUCCGCCGCCGAUCGCGUCGAUUUCGGUUCCCGAUAUCGCGCCGUCGUUUUUCCACCGAUAUAAUAAUCGCCAAUAAUCUCAAUAAUCGUCUACGAUAUAUUAUUUUCUGCGCUCUCGCGGCCGCCGGUAGUCCGAGUAUACGCGACUCCUCGUGUAUCAUAUUCGGGUUUUUCCGAGUUUUUUUUUUUUCCGCUUUUCCGAAACACUUUGUUCCGACCGCGUGGUGUGCGUGUCGUCCGCGACCGAAUUUUCUCUUCUGAUUCGCGUGUACCCGACCGACCGUGUACCCGAACGACCGCGUCUCGGUUGGGUCGUCCUAUAUUUCGUCACGAUAUAUCGUCGACGGCCGACCGUCGCUGUGCUACUUUGAGGGGGGUGCGUGCGAUAAUAUAAUAUUAUAGUCGUAGGACGACCGUCGUCCGCCGACGGGUGUAACGUCGCCCGACGGGACGAUUGCGUUUUGGCCGCGGAGACGGUGGUGGAAUCCUCGCCGCCGGAAGAGGAUUGACCGACGACGACAUUGUUACAAUCAUUAUUAUGCCCACGAGGACUUGAACGGCGAUCGUCAAGAUAUUGUUGGCACGAACCAUCGACAUCGCGCGACGACAACGCAGAAUAUGGGAACAAUAUUUGGUGUACACAACCGUCUUCAUAUCGCAGCAGGAAUGUUGCUAUCUAGCUAUUUAAUCAUAGCUCAAACAUCAUCUCUUCGAAAUGAAAAUACUACCAGUUAUAAUGGUAACACGAUUACAGACGCAGAAGAAGAGACGGAAAAAAUCAGCCCAUUUUGGUCGUUUAAUGACUCCGUCGACUUGACAAAAUAUGAACAGUUUGAUCAUCAACGUUUUAUCGAAACUGUGUUGGAUCCUGAAUUAGUCCAACCAACGACAUCUACUGUGCCAAAAAUAAAGACACCUCCACAUACAAGACGGAGAAAUUCCACUAAAAUCCAACAACCAAUAUCGCCUCCAAUAUUUGAGGGUCCAGCAAUGUCCAACGUCACGGCUAGGUUGGGCGAGAGCACGUUUCUAUACUGCACAGUCCAAAACCUGAAACAGAGACCGGUAUCGUGGGUUCGUCGUCGAGAUUGGCAUAUACUAAGCUCCGGUGUUUUUAUGUAUACAAACGAUGACAGAUUUCAUGUAAUGCAUGCAGACAACGCAGAUAAUUGGGAUUUACAGAUCAAAUAUGUACAAAAGAGAGAUGCUGGUUCAUAUGAAUGCCAGGUGGCGAUGGGAACGGGUAUUGCUUCGCAUUACUAUAACUUGGAUGUGAUCGUACCAACGGCUCGAAUUCUAGGAAGAGAAGAGUACCAUAUUGGCAAAGGAAGCACAAUAAAUCUAAUUUGUGUCAUUGAAAAUGGAUCAUCGUCAACAAGAAAUGUUGUCUGGGUUCAUAAUGGAAUUCCUAUAUAUAAUAUUCAAAAUAACAAGAAAGAUGAUCCAGGUCCAAUAACGGUAACUACUGAAGUCAUACAACCUGACAAUACCAUUCAGAGUAGGUUAUUUAUCCGAGGGGCAUCUCCGUCAGCUUUGGGAAAUUAUACAUGCACAGCGCCAUACACCGAACCUGACACGGUCAAUGUUUACGUGAGCGAAGAAGGAGACAAUAUUGCUGCAAUUCAAAGACACGGAACAUCAUCGAGUGCAUCUUGUGUUUGGACAAUAAACACCGCAUUCCCAAUGAUAGUUGUAUUACAGAGGAUUAUCAAAUUUGUUUGAACUGAAUAGUUUUGUACAUAAUCAUACUAAUAUGAUAUGGGACAACAUCAUUUAUAAAAUAGCUGCGAAGUCAUACAAUAAUGAUGAAUUGUUUAUCAUUACUUUUUUGCUGAAUUACAGUUUUUGAGUUAUCAUGAAUAUAUCUAUAUAAACAUAAGUGUUAAUUAAAUCUUCAUACAGUACAUUUCAGGAUUCACAUUUUUUUCCAUAUGAAUGUAAAUUAUAAUAAUUUUUCGGUUUAAAAUGAAGUAUUUACUAAAUUCAAUGUUGUAGUUUACCAGAUAAAUAAGAAUGUAAAAGAAAAGGAUAAACAUGGUUCCGAAUGAAAUUAGAAUUUCUUUAAUAUAAAUUAUCUUUCUAUAAUACUAAGAAUUUUGUUAUCCCAUUCACCUUACAAAACUGUAAUUGUGUUUUAAUUAAACAAAGCUAAAUAUUGUGAUUCCUAAAAUAAUUUGUUUUUUUUCUUUAUAUAUAUAUUAAUCAUUAUUUUAUAAUUUACGUUGAAAUUAAAUAUUUUUAAAAAUUGUACCAAUUUUUUUUUGUUAUUAUUACCAUACAAUUGUUUUAAAUAUGUAUUAUUAUAAUUUAAAAAAUUUUACGAUAGUUAUAGUUAACUAAAAAUAUUUUAUCGAAAAUCGUUAAUGUUAUUGUUUGAACCAUGUUAUUUACCAAUUGUAUUGUUACGAGAAAAAAUCACCAUUAUCUUCUUAUGUUCUAGAAAAAAACACAGAGAAAUAGGUGAAGAAAAUACGCGUAUGGUUUUACGUCCAAAUGUAUCUAUGAAUGAACACAGUAUAUUUACAAACAGUUCUUUUUAUAUUUUCCCGGACAAAGUGCCAUACUUUUAUUUUCCCAUGUAUCUUUCUUAUAAUUUAAUGUAUAUAAUAAUAUAAUAUAAUUGAUAUGUUUUAUUUAUUAAUUACAAUGUUAAUCAGUGUGACUCCUAUGACACGAAGCCGGCCACUCGAUUAAUGUCCAGUAUUGUAAAUAAUUAGUUUUGAAAAUAUAAAAGUUGUAUUGGAAUAUUAUAAUAUAAUGUUGAACAGAUGAUGAAACCAUGUGGUGUAUAUAAUUAUUAUAUUUCAUUGCGUUAUUUCAGAUUUUGGGACGUGACGACAGCAUGUAUUAUAUAGUUA